GCGUGGUAGGAGGUGGUGCCAAGCUUUGAGACGAAAUGGUGGGUCCCGGUUGCUGUCCGACGGUUCCCCCUGUCUGCAGGUCAGAAUGGCGAGUACCAAGUACACUUCUGCUAUGGUAAAGCGGCAUUGCAACGUGGAUGGGGUCGCAGGGAAAGAUCCAAGCAAGGGUGGCAAAUGGUGGGUCUGCAAGUACUGCGAUUUGAAAUUCUCGGGCAGCCUGAACCGUGUCAAGGAACAUUACUCAAAGGGAACCUGUGCGGCGGAGCAGAGCAGGAAGGUUUUCACAGAUGAAGAAAAAGAAGAAAGGAAGCAAGGGUUGAGACAGGCUCUGGCUGACGUGGCGAUGGCGAAUGGCGACAACAGUCUUCCUAGUGGAUCUAGUUUGGCUACUGCACCAACGACCGUGGAGAAUGUGGGUAGGGGCAUGGGAAAAGGGGGUGCAGCAUCCGACACGCGACGAUCCGCUUCAUCUGUGCGGCAAAUGGUGUUGGAGGAGACAGACAGCAUCAUCAUGAAGAAUGAGAUGACGUCAAGGAAGGUCGACAACUGGCUGACCUGCACGAACCAACCUUUCAAUAUGGUUGAGAAUGAAUUUUACCUUGACAUGGUAAACACUAUACGGAAUGCCCAUCCCUCAUGGCGGAUGCACGGCAGGGAGGCCGCAAGGAAUGGUAGACUGGAUGGCGAGAACAAGAGGUGCAUCGAGGAUGUGCGGAUGAUUGCAAAGAAGUGGGAGAGAACAGGGUGUAUGGUGCAGAUGGAUGGGUGGUCCAACAGGCGAGGGACACCGCACAUCAAUGUGAUGGUCUCCUCCCCUGUAAGGACUGUCUUCUGGAGGUCCGUUUGUGUAGAAGGGAAGGAGGAGACCAUAGCGUACUACAACAUCCUGGAUGCUGCGAUCCAGGACAAUGGACCCAAGAGUGUGGUCGGGGUGAUCAUGGACAAUGCUAGAGUCUGCGUCAAGCCGCGGAAGCUUGUUGAAAAGAAGUACCCUUGGAUCUUCAGGGUUGGUUGCACAGCGCAUGCCCUCGACCUUGCAGUGGAGGACUUCGACAAGUGCAUUGGGUGGUUUUCCAGGGCGGUCAAGAGAGCGAACAAGUUGGGGAAGUUCAUCAUGCACCACGACAAGGUUUGUGCAUUCUUCCUUGAACGUUCUGGCGGGGCACAAAUAAAGAGGCCAGGAGUGAUAAGAUUCGCAAUGAAUAUUAUCAUGUUGCAAUCCCUUUUGGACCGAAAGAAUGCCCUCAAACUUGCCGCACGUGCGAAGGGUUGGGUGUCUAGCAUGGUGCGGACUGAUCUGCGGUCCAACUUUGAGGAAGCCACGGCCACUAUCCUUGACGAGAGUUUUUGGGACGAUGUUGAGAAGUCCAUCGAAGCCACGGAGGCUACUGUGAAGUUUUUGAGGAUGGUGGACGGUCCAGGGGCCACCAUCAGCAAGGUUUAUCAUCAUAUGGACGCCGUGGAUCAGGACUGGAGGCAAGAGAAGGGGGCUCGCGAAGACGAUAUCCACAUCCCGUGGAUGGAGGACUUACCGGAUGCAGAGAACGAGGCGGAGGCAGAGCGCUAUUAUAAGGAGUGGGUGCAGAAAGUAAAGGCGAGCACCGAGGAUAUGGAGGUUGGCGCAGAGGAUGAUACCGUUGUCAUUGCAGAGCUGGACGAUGAAGGUGAUCUGCCUUUGGCAAGGAGAUGGGUGCGCAAUGACCGACUUGACAACAUGAUGGACGAAGAGGAUGACAUCGCUCAUAUUGAGAACUAUACGAACGAGUGGCAGUUCUGCACUGCACCGGGGAGGCAUAGAGAGCGCUUGCUGAGGAGAAGAUCAUGGCACGAGCGACCAGACCCCUUAGUGGAGUACAACGUCGAGGAGCGAGAGCGUGCAUUGCGGGCACGAGAGAUAGGCGAUUGGGUGUAAGGUAGAUGCCCAGGGGGCAGCAGCGGAGCAAAACGACAGCAGCAGCAACAUGCUGCUGCAGUCCGUGCUGCGGAAAAGCGCCCGGCCGAAGAACAGCUUUCGCCGCCGAAGAAGAAGAAGAGAGGACGCCCCACCAAUGCCGAAGUGGCCGAGAGGACAAAAGCGGAGAAGGUUGCGAAGAAGGCUGCAGUGGCAGAGAAAGCUGCUAAGAAAGCAGCAAGGAGAGCAGCAGCGAGAGCUGCUAAGAAAGCUGCCAGGAGAGCGGCUGCUGCAUCUGCGGAUGCCCCGACAUCCUCCCGCCUGGUCACAAAGGAGGCAAUGAAACAGGGGGGGAAUC